AUUGCACCCACAAGAAUUCGCGGGGCACUUAACAUACUCUUCCAGCUAAAUAUCACCAUUGGCAUUCUUUUCGCAAAUCUUAUCAAUUCUGGAACUGCCAAAAUUGAAGGGGGAUAUGGAUGGAGAGUGUCACUAGGUUUGGCUGGCAUUCCAGCAGGUAUGCUGACUGUUGGGUCUCUCAUUGUGGUAGACACUCCUAACAGUUUGAUCGAACGAGGUAAGUUGGAGGAAGGAAAAGCAGUUCUUAAAAGGAUUAGGGGUGUUGACAAUGUGGAUCCAGAAUUCUUAGAGAUUGUGGAGGCAAGUCGUGUGGCAAAAGAAGUGAAGCAUCCUUUCAGAAACCUCCUUAAGCGUAGGAACAGGCCUCAAUUGGUCAUUGCAAUUUGGAUGCAGAUUUUCCAGCAAUUCACUGGCAUUAACGCAAUCAUGUUCUACGCUCCAGUUUUGUUCCAGACCUUGGGAUUUAAGAGUGAUGCUUCCCUCUACUCAGCUGUUAUUACAGGAGCUGUCAAUGUCCUCUCAACCGUUGUAUCAAUAUACUUUGUCGACAAAGCUGGUCGGCGCGUGCUAUUGUUAGAAGCCGGUGUCCAAAUGUUCCUUUCUCAAUUGGUGGUUGCAAUAAUAAUGGGACUCAAAGUGAAGGAUCACUCUAACAACCUUGGCCAUGGCUUGGCAAUUCUUGUGGUGCUUAUGGUUUGCAGUUUUGUUUCAUCCUUCGCGUGGUCUUGGGGACCUCUCGGGUGGUUGAUCCCUAGCGAAACGUUCCCAUUAGAGGCCCGCUCAGCAGGCCAGAGCGUGGCUGUCUGUACCAACAUGCUCUUCACCUUUAUCAUAGCACAGGCCUUCCUCUCAAU